AUGGGAACAAGCCAGUUGUCACAGGGUCGACAGGCUGCCUGUCUCAAUUGUAGGAAAAGCAAGGUUCGGUGCAGUCGUACCCAAGAUGUAACGUCUUGUGAUCGAUGCAGGCAAGCUGAUGUGCCGUGUGUGAUUCCGAACCACCAUCUCGGCCGACAGAAAGGGGUCAAAAAUAAACGUAAAGGAUUGGAGAAGACGCUGCAUCAAAUCGAGCAGGCCAUCAAGCGACCCCGAACUGAGGAUGCCCAGAAUUUGAUCUCCAAUCUUCAGGGGCUGCUCGACAACAUACAAGGGCGAAGCUCACAUAGCGAGACAGAGUAUUUAUCGGAGGACCCCCCCGAAUCCUUCAUUCUAUCAGCACCCAGGUACGAUAAUUCAUGUGACCGUCUAUCGCUGGAUGAUGCAGAGAAUCCCUUGCAAUUACUUGCACGCGCUUCAGACCUACAAUUGUCACCAAGCAACAUGCAUAUUGGAACAAAAUCAACAACAGCAACAUCGCAGACGCCCGGAAUCCAUAAGGUCAACGGAAAGGAAAACACCGUAACCUCUGCCAGGUCGUUUUUUAUACCCACUUCUGUGAGUCUAGACAUUGGUCCUACCGUGGACCCCAUUGAGCUGGGGCUUGUUACAUUCGUCGAAGCAGAGUCUCUUUUCUCCCAUUUCUAUUGCAACCUCGCUCACACUCGAUGGGGACUUGAUCCUCUGGUCCAUAACGUAUCGUUUGUCCGUUCGCAGUCGGCAUUUCUAUUCACUUCGAUAAUAGCUGCGGCGGCUUUGUUCUUGCCUUCAGCAGCGGCACUAUCGAAGAGAUUAUCCAGACAUCGUGCAUUGCUAGCUCACAACGUCAUCACCCAGCGCCAUCGGUCAGUCGAGAUAGUCCUUGCAUUCAUGGUGAAUGUGCCGUGGAUGGAAACUGGAAACCGCCUAGGAGAUGAUGACACCUGCAUCUAUAUUGCAAUGGCUUUGACUAUCGCAUUGGAUCUAUCUUUGAACAAGGUCGUACUUCCCUCGGCGACUUUCGAAAGCGGUCUUUUAAACCGUAUUGCCAAGGCUGAUUGUAUCGAUGCGAAGAGAGCACUGCAAAUGGACGGUUUUGGUGACGUGGAUCCAGACUCAGUAUGGGGUCGGAAGCUCCUACGACGACGUGAGAGGGCGUGGAUCGCACUAUUUGUACUCGAACGAGGUGUGUGCCUCGCUCGUGGAAGAAAUUCUACGGUGCCUCCCACUGCUCUUAUAGACAACUGUGACAAGUGGUAUCUUUCUGAUAUCGCCGACUCUCGCGAUGGUCCAAUGAAUUCUAUGGCCGUUCUUCGCAGAAACUUGGAUGGGCUUUUCCAAAGAAUAAAAGCCGAUUGUGAUAAAUCUACGGACACUGGCUUUAAGGCUGCUCAACUGAUCAAAGAGCUCAUUGAAAAUUUCUAUGAGCAAUGGUAUGAAGCCUGGACACCGGCUCUCGGGGAAGGUCAAUCACGGUCUCUUCCGCCCUAUGUUGAAAUUCUGGUUAUACAUACCCAGUUAUCGACCUAUGGUGGCGUAAUCAAUCAUCCUACAGCGCCUCUUGAAGUGAAACGGUUCUUUCGUGCAGCCAGCCUCUCAUCCGCCUUGAACGUCAUGAGGGCGGCCAUACAGGGCGAGUCGCAAUUGAAGUCAAUGCCGAACAACACAGUGAUCAUGAUCUCGUUCGCGGCAUGCUCGGCCUUGAGUUUGAGUGCAAUGGCGGCAGAGAGCAAAUCUAGCCUGGCCCCUAGCGUGCGGAAUUUGGUCGAAGAGACCGCUGCGGUGCUAGAAAGGAUAGGGGCUACCCCGCACCACAGGAAAGGUGCUUCAGUACUUUAUGGAAGAUUCUUGCGAGAGCUUGUUCGGCGCUCUCCUCCGAGCUUGCAGCCAAGGGAAACCGCUGAAACACAACCAUUGAUACAGGACGGGAGUUCACAGCCGUCAACAGCAGUAAACUCAUACGAUUCUAUCAUCAGAACACAGAAUCCAUCCUCUUUUCCUCCUGCGAUUUGGUCCGAACCAAUCCCAUUCUCUGCUAUGUCUGACAACCAAAUCAUCGACGCCGUCAACCGAGUGGACACAGCCUUUGGAGCCUGUGUCCCCGGGGUUUCUAUGGAUGACCUGAUGCAUUUGGAAUGGAUUGAGUUUGGAAACGGCAUUUCGACCGACUUCAGCAAUAUUUAA